ACUAAAAUGGCGACUCUGGACGACAGUCCGUCGCUAUUUUCAGGGCAGCAAUGGGCUGACUGGGCUGAUGCUGUAAUGCCCGACGUAGAAUCCGACAAUGAAGAUACUGACACAGAAAAAGGCAAUGCAGAAGAAGACAGUAUGAAGCUAAAAUUUGAAGAUAUGCCAUUAUUCGGCCUCUGUCCCUCCAGGGAUGAAUUUUAUCUGGUUGUCUGUGACAAAUGUGGUCAAGUUUUAAAACCACAAGCUCUUCAGUCACAUCUUGAAAUUCGACAUGGAGGCAAGGGUAGUUUCUCAAUGCAUUCUUCAUCAAAAACACACCAGUCUUCAAGUCGGCACUCUGUUUCAUCAAAAUCUCAUUCAAAAACUCAUUCCCCUACAAAAUCUCAUUCUAGAUCAUCUUAUUCAAAAUCUCACAGUUCAUCAAGUAAAUUACACCGGCAUGGCCACUCAACGACCUUACCACUGAAACCUCACAAAGACAUUACAAACUCAGGGGCUGAUGUAGAACCAAAUCUUAAAGAUGUGAAACAGCAAGUUUCUACCAAAUCUAGUGUAAUGGAGCCUCCACCGUCGUUUGAUACUGCCGCGACAGUGGGGGCUAUAAUUGACACUGAAACAGUGAAGAACAGUCAUCUCAUUAGCAAAAGCCCUUCUCCUGUUGUGAAAGUGGAGCGAAUGCCAGACACCCUUGCAAUGAAAAAGCAAAGAGAAUUUAAUGGCAAUGCUCGGACUUCCUUGACUAAUGGGUCAUUAAGAGAUUCCAAGUCCCCCCCAAAAUCAAUGCCAGUGAUAACUGAUAUUCAGGAACCUGAUAUUAAAGAAGAACCACCUUCACCUAUACCUGAACUUACUCCUGCUCUGGAAGUGUCUGACUCAUAUAUGGAGAUGGACACAGCACAAGCCUCAGAGAUAAACAGUGCAGUGAGUUCCAUAUUGGAGCCCAUGUCUCCUGUACCUGAACCUGAGCCGGAGCCUGGCGGGUUGGUUGCCUUGGCAACAUCGUCCACAACCAUUACCACAAACACUGUCACCAUGGCGACACUGACAACUACUGCCACUAAUGUGACCAGUGUGAUGAAUAACUCAACAUCUAGCUUUAAGUUUAACAGUAUUGGUCGUCCUAAUUUGCCUAUGGGGUCCAUACGUGUUAACUUUACAAGCACUGGUGUGUUGAAUACUGUAUCUUCUGAGGGUAGUGCAUCAUUAAGCAAUCUGACAAUUAAUAAUAAUGUUGCCAAACACACCAGCUCAAUAAGUGAUAGUAAACCAAGUAUUGUGUCGAAUAACAGCAACAUGGAGAGCACAAUCAGUGAUAUAGUUAAGUCUGCUGUAAACUCUGGUAAUGCUGGUGGCUUUAAAAGUCUCAGUCCACUAUUAUCUAGUCCACCCAAGUCUACAAACAAUCUAGCAGGAAAACUAAACAAUUCUUUCAAGUCACCAUCAGCAAAAAUCAGCAGCAUGGUAAAGCCCAUCAUUGGAACUGGGCUUACCAAGCCAGGCUCUAAGCUGAGCCCAGGUGCUGCUGCAGUGUUCAAGGCAAGUUCAGGGGGGACACCCAGCACCCAGCCACCUCCUGGAGACACUAAUGUGCCAGCUGUCAACACGGAAGCAAUUGAGAAGUUCCAGAUGAUAAAGAAGCCAGACAAAAUUAUUCCACUCAAAGACCGGGAGUAUGAUCCGAACAAGCACUGUGGAGUAGUGGUGUCCGAAACUGGCAAAGCUUGUACUCGCUCUCUCACAUGCAAGUCCCAUGCCCUCUCCCUGCGACGUGCUGUGACGGGGCGGCGUCUGCCGUUUGACGAGCUUUUACAGGAGCACCGUGACGCCAAAGAGGCGUAUAUUAAAGCCAAAAAUGAGAGUAAGGAGGCAGCCGCUGCCCUCAAGGCCGUGCAGGCAUCUGGCAAGGGUCAGCAGCCCCACACUAUAGUCACACCGCUGGGCAAGGCCACCAGUGUAACCUCAGUCCUUGCUUCAGCUACCACGCCCAAUGCCCACAUCGCCCAAGCCCUGACAAGGGAUGGCAAGUCUCUCUCCUUGCCCCAGUUCUCCACAGUGAAACCUGCCCCUAUCCAGAGACCCGCCAGCAUCUCUUCACACAGGACAAGUUUUAGCAGUAUCGGGUCACCAUCAUCACAAGAUGAGCUCCAGUCUCCCACUGGUAGGCCGGGAGAGAGGAUUGGAGGGGAGGAGGAGGAGGAUAGCUCAUAUACAACCUACCAUCCAAGGCCUAUAGCCGCAUGUUCAUUUGGUGCACGCUACCACAACAGUUAUGGGAGCAGAUUUGGGUGUCACACAUUCGGUCGCAAAACAGACUAUGUGAGAGCCAUCUUCCUGGACAUGCUGGAUAAGCAUGCCAAUCCAUCACCACCCAAGAAGCUUUGUGUGGAGGCCAAUCUACCACGAGAAAAUGAUCAGAUCAGUUCUGAUCCGUAUGAAUUUGGCUUCCUCGACUCGGGGAGAAAUCUUCUAGGGCAGCAACUAGUUCAGGGAUCCAAUCUCAUAACAUCAGUCACAGCAAACAAAGUCUUGUCAAAACAGAAACCCAAGUCCUCCAGCACUGUACAGUCCUUCACGAGCAGCAAACCAAAAAUAAAAGACACCAUAGCCCAGUGUAAGAGUAUUACUUCUGUUGGUCUCACCCAAGGCUUUUUAACAAAUGCUGCAUCAGCAGCAAAGAAGCGUCGUGGCAGUGGUAAUGCUGGUGCCCUCAAUCCAAGUGCUCAGUCCAGUAUAGGAGGGGCUUCUAUAGUGACAGCCACCCCGAGUAUACUGGGCAGUGUAGGUGCCCUCUCACAAACCUCUGGUGGCAACCAGCAGCAGUUUGCUAUAGCAAUACCCAGUGUAAACAUCAGUGCUGCCACCCUCUCUCAGAUAGGUGCUAGUCUGGUUGCAAGUGGCAAUAUCAAACAUGCAAAGAAUAAUGUGAUAAAAGAUAUGGGAUUUUAUGUAACAGGUAUACCUCAAGAAGCGAUAAUUAAUGGGCAAUUAGUGAAUAUUACAAAUUCACAGAUUUCCCAAGCUGAUAUACAGAAUGCUAACCCCAAUCAGAUACCAUCAGGAAGUAGUGAUGAUGGUUCUGGUAAGGCAGUUCAGCAAGUCAGUGUGAUAUCCAACAAGACAGUUUCUCACCAGCCAAAGUUCAUCAACAACAUCGACAUCCGGGCUCUCCAGCUGGGCAAAGGGGGGCUCAUAACUGGCCUCCCUCCUAACGCUGUGCUCCUAGACAGUAGUAAUCUCCAGCCAGGGGCUGUUCUCCAACCUGUGACCUUGACCUCCACCUCCAUGACCCAGCCCAUGAUGUCGGCGGGUGCCUCAGUCCAGGGCCAACCAUCAACAUACAUCAACACUAUCAGGACUAACAUGAGCAGUCCGAUGGUGUCCACUUCCACCGUGCCAAAUGGAGUCAUCUCCAACCAAACAAUAAACCAUGCAGGUCAGGGCUUAUUUCCCACUAAGGGUGUUGCCCAGUCGGUGCUGCCUCAAGGACGUGGACCCAUGUCCCAUGGUCAGGGCCUGUUGACUGGAGGUCAGCUACAGAACAUUACCUUCCACACCCCACACACGGCUAACCAGAUGUCUGCUAACCCUAACUCAGUAUUACCCGGCCAGAUACACAUUAAGAACAGUGCCCUGCCAAAGUCAGGUACAAUGAAUGUGAACAAGCUGGGUAUGCAGCCCAUGUCCAUCACAAUACCAUUUGUGACCCAGAACAAUCUUGCCGGGGGCGGUGGAGAGAUGGCGGGCCAGCAUCAUACUCUGUAUAUUACCGGUGAAGACUCACAGAAAUCAGGCCUACACAUGCAGCAGCAGGACCUUACCACUCAUAGCUCACCAAACAACUCCAUGAUUUCAUAGCACUGGACCUGCACAUAUUAUGAUGAUGUCAUCAAUAUGUGCUAGCUUAAACUGAUGACAUCAUUAUAAUUUGUGCAUUGUACUUGAUUCUUACGCACAAUUAUUCUAUAUUUAAUACGUAUUAAAAGGCAUUGGUUUGUUAACCUUCUACUGAUAAAGCAGAAUGGCAUUGUGGGUGUAUGAAAGAAUACAAAACAAUCAAAAUGUUUUCUUUAAGUGCCUGUGAUAGAUCUUGUUCCAUUUUGUAAGAUGUUAUUUUUUGGCAUUACAAUGAGUACUGGGUAAGUCUAGUUCCACACUACUUGUUGUUCACUGUAAUGCUCAAUCUGUUUCCCCAGCAAUGAGUUUUGAGUUAUUUCACUGUUUAAUGGCAAUGCCUUUGAUACAGUUGUGACUGAAUAUAGUCAUUUGAGUCUGAAGCAAACAGCUGGUAACAGUAAGGCUCCUAAAAUAUAGAAAACAAACUGAAUAUUAUUUUAUCAUAUGCAUACAUUUGAUGAAAACUAGCUGAAAUAAAAUAACUAAGGCAUUCACAAGGUCUUGGACUUAAAAAAAUGUUGCUUAGGGAUUCAAUUAUCUCCCUGUACAAAACAAAAACUUCUUUUAUAUUUUUGGAUAUGAAUAUCUGUACUGAAUGCAUAAUACUGGGUACCUUGUUUAUUUAUACACAUGUCAGUAUAUCUGUGACAUACAACAUGUAUAUUUAUUCUCUAUAUUUUGUCAUGUGUUGUUAUUUCAGGGAAUCUGAGUUUUAAGAUAACCUUUUAAACUCUUGAAAUAGUAUUUAUUCCAAAAAUAAUGCUAAAAUACUGAAUACAUUGUUUUAGUAGUUUUGAUCUUUUUAUUGAAUUUUAAUAACUCUACAUGUGAAACAAAAUUCUGAUUUAGGGAUAUAUUAAUUGCAUGACAUCUGAAACAUUAAAUGCUAUUGUGUUUGUAUCAGUGCUUAAAUGCUUUCACUUUUGGUUUAAAGUCUUCGACCUUGGGGGAUCUAGUCAUAUCAAAGCAUGGUGAAGUAGCAAUCAUUUUUAAGCUGAUCCGUUUUUCAAAGAAUAAAGAUCAAUUAUCAUUGGAGCUGGCAAUAUGCUCACUUUGUAAUCUUGGUCGUUACUCAAAUCCAUUCAAGGUAUGUAUAUGAAAGUUUGUUCCUCUGGCAGCCAUCGAAAUUAGACUUUUGGAUGAACAAGCCUGUACUUUAAUAAUGUUGCUUAGCAUCAAUUUUAUGAACAAGAUCUGCUAUAUAAAAUUCAGAAUUUUAGCUAAUAGCAAGCCCUGAAGACAUUUUUCUGGUGUUUGCGACAAUAUGAGUAUAUGUAGUUAGUCCAUGAACACCGUCUUUAAUAAUUAUUGAAUUAUACCAUUUCAACAACAAAAAAAUUUUGGGUUGUCUUUUUUUGAAAAUGGAGUUAUAUUCAGCCAAGUUACUUGUGUUGUGGUUUAACAGAACAAAUUAACCUAGAGAAAUCACAGGCACCAUUGAUACACCAUCCUUCACCAAGACGAGAGACAAUCAUUGUUUACAACUGAAUUUCAGAGUUAUUGACUAACAUAACUCUGUAGUUAGUCAUACGGUAUGUUACCAUAACAUAUGCGAACACUGGUUGUUUGUGUAAGUGUAAUGCCAGGCAUAUGUCAUGUUACAAAUUAAGUUAUUAACACUGGUUGUUUGUGUAACUGUUGAGCCAGUCACAUGUCAUGUUUCAAAUCAAAUACGUAAACACUGGUUGUUUCUGAAGCAUAAUUUAAUCAAUAUAUUGCCAUGUUAAUCAAUUAAAAAUACGGUAAAUUUUUGAGGAUAUCUUUUGAAUAAAUUGUUAUGUAUUUGAAAGAUGAGAUGCGAAGAACCGGUCAAAAUUGUACUAAAUGUUGAAGGUCUGGUGAAGGGUGUAAUGACGCUCAAGAGCUCAGAAAGGGAAAUGCUGCUCAAAAUGAACUGAUUCAACCAUAUUACAUGAAUUUGGAUAUUAGUUUAAUGUCAGGGAUGAUAUGAAUGAAAAUCAAAUGGAAUCAUGGUGUGGUUGUAUUUCUUAUUUAUAUAUAAUAUAUAUACAAUGCUGCAUGUUUUGCAUGUGAAAUUAAAUAACUCAGUGAAUUGGUUAAUUUAUUUUAUUUAAAUACUGGUAACACAUGCGAGUCAUUUCAAUUUUGUUUGAAACAAUGAGAACAUAAUUCAUUACAAAUGGGAAAAUGCAUGUACCACAAACAUACCAGCGAUAUGAAUUUGUUAUUUAUUUAUGGAAUUGCAAAGGUGUGCAUUUCUCAUAUAAUAUCCAUACAUUGAAAAACUGCUGUCUGUGUUAGCAAGUAAUGUAGGCUACUACUGAUUAUCUUUGAGCAACGCCAUGCCUUGUAGAUUUGUAUCAUACAUGUAAUUUGUUAAUAAGCUGUUAGGAAAUUCAUUAUUUAUGUAUUAAUUGUACAGAUGCCCGUGUUUUAUAAAGUUAUGUGGAGAUCUGUUAGCCAUGUAUUUAUUAAUGUGUUCCAAAAUGGUGUUCGUAUGUUAGCCUGUUUUGACCAAUAUAAAUCUGUCCUCGCUCUACAUGAUAAAAUCAUGAUAUUUCUACCUUCUUUGAUAUAUAACAGAGCAUUCUUAGGUCUAUUUUUGCAAUUAUUCUUUUGCUGUAAUGUUAACCUACUCUUACUGUUAUUGUGAUAUUUACGACAAUAAAAUUGUCAUAGAAAUAAAUAUUGUAAAAUUGA